AUGAAAUCUGCAGAUCACAGUAGUUCGAGCUAUUUGCCAGGUCCGACGAUGCUGAAUCCUACAGAUUCUGCCUCUUGUGCAGAUAACACAAGCUUGCCCGCUGGAAAACGCUCUUGUAGCUGCGAAAUCAGUUCGAUGAGUUCCCGCGAAAUCAAGACUGGAAGGAAGGGCCCUAGUAGAAGAGCUCGAGGUUCUAGAUUAAGAAAACCAAGAUUUCGGUUUCCGAGAAAUCUGAAGACAGAAGGCACGAAUUAUGACCUGAUCACCUCCGUUGAGUAUUUGAAUGAAAAGUACGGAAUCAGAAAGAGCCACUACAUUGAAAAGUUCCUGAAGUGUAUCCACCGGAAAAUUGAUUACGACGUUAACAGGCUGAGCGAUAAGUUUGUAAACUCUUUAAACCCGUGGAUUAAAAUCAAACUUUUCUUACUGUUGGUAACGUUGUCCCAAAGAGGUGGUCCUGAAUAUUGGAUGGACAAGAACGAGCAGAACCAUGCAUCUCCGGUUAAGGGCAAGCAGAAGCAGGAGCGGAGGGAUGGCGAAGAAGAUGCAAUCUUUUCUUUAACCGAACAGGUUAUGAGAUACAACAUUAACGAAGAUUUUACCGAGAGUGCGUAUGAUGAAAACUACGUCUUCUCGUCGAUCUGGGCCAACUUCAUGGAAGGAUUGAUAAACCACUAUUUGGAACAGGUCAUUGUACCACACUCAGAGAUGAAAGUUUGCGAGCAGCUCUACAAACCUAUGAUGAAGAUUAUUUCGCUUUAUAAUGAGUAUAACGAGUUGAUGGAAAAGAGCGAGCGCAAUGGGUUUUUACCCUCCAGGUGUGAUACACGGGAGGGCUUGAUAUCUGAGGACGAUGAGGAAGCGACGCAGAAUAUGGCUGAAAGCAGCAGCGGCGACGGCUCAACUCAGGAGCGCCUGCAACGAGCUCAGAAGCUUUUGUGGCAAGCCCGCCAGGAUAUACCGAAAACAAUCAGUAAAGAGCUCACCCUGUUAUCGGAAAUGUAUUCUACCUUAUCGGCAGACGAACAAGACUACGAAUUGGACGAAUUUGUUUGCUGUGCGGAGGAAUAUAUAGAGCUGGAAUACUUGCCGAGCUUGAUAGAGGUCCUCUUUGCCAACUGCGGCGGCAAUAAUUUCUGGAAGAUUAUGAUCGCUUUGGAACCGUUUUUCUACUAUAUUGAAGGUAUUAGUGAAGAUGAAGAUAAAGAAGAUGACUCAAAUUCUGCCGCAUACCUGAACACAGACAAGGAUACUACCGAAGAUUUGGGCUCUCAGAGCUUCAAGCCGGAUCAAAGAGUAGUGAUCCUGGAAAAGAUCUGCGAGGUUGCCGCAAGACAAAAAUGGAUAUAA